AUGACUGCCAACAACGGCCUGCCAUCCAGGCCACCCGCCGGUCCUCCCGGCGCUGCACCAGGGCCGCCGCUUGCCCUUCCACCUUCCCGACCAGCACCCUCCGCCUCUACAUCUGCAGCACCAUCCUCUAGCGCUCCUAUUUCAGCAGAAGAGCAAGCUAAGCAAGCAAAGAAAGCGCGACUCGAAGCAUGGCGCAAAGAGCAGGCCGCCAAGAAGGCACUCGAAGAAGCCAAGCAGCGAGCUCAGUCCAUUGCCAGCGCCGUGGCCCCUCCGUCGCAACGAACAGAGGCGUUGACCUCAGCUUCAACGCAGAAGACAGCGCCGACCUCGAUCAAUGCGACGGGUCUUCGGACGCUGUCCUUACGAACAGAUCCGUCCAAGGUCAACGCACAGAAGCGCUCGCGUACCAUGAUGGAUGAUGCCUCGGAACCAUCCACGCGGACGCAGCUCAACCGCUUCGAUGACCUGCCUCCCCUAGAUCCGUCGAUCAAGUCUGCCCGCAAAGGCCUGCUCGCCGACGAGGACGACGAAGACAUCACAGCGUCAAGCACCACUGGCCAAGCGAAAGGAUCUACCGCUGACAUGGUAGUCGACGACGACGAAGAGGAGGACCCGCUGGAUGCCUUCAUGUCCACUGUCAAGAGCCAGGUGGCUCAAGUCAAUGCAGACGAUCGACGUAAGGCUGGCGCGGAUAGCGGAGCCGCCUCGGCCAAGACUCAACCGAAAGCCGUCGUCCUGGGCCAAGAUGAAGACGACGCAGAAGCCGAGCCGGAAGACGAGCAGCUGGAUGAGCUGGACCGUGUCGUGGCAACCGAGGAUCUCCUGGCACUUGCGGCGAAGAAAGUCAAAAAGAAGGAGCUGGCCACCGUCGAUCAUGCCACUGUCGACUACGAAUCAUUCCGCAAGGUCUUUUAUCAUCCUCCCGCCGAAGUUCAGGACAUGUCCGAGGAGCUUGCCAACCAGAUCCGUCUCGAGAUGGACGCCAUCACGGUGCGGGGCAAGGAAUGUCCCAAGCCGCUCACCAAGUGGUCGUACUGUGGCCUGCCUGCAAGCUGCCUGGACGUCAUUCGACGACUCGGCUACGCUGCCCCUACUCCCAUCCAAAGUCAAGCCAUUCCCGCGAUCAUGUCUGGCCGAGACAUCAUCGGCGUUGCCAAGACGGGCUCAGGCAAGACCAUGGCUUUCCUGCUGCCCAUGUUCCGACACAUCAAGGAUCAGCGCCCCGUCGAGACUUCGGAGGGUCCCGUCGGCAUCAUCAUGACGCCCACCCGCGAGCUCGCGGUCCAGAUCUAUCGAGAGAUGCGACCUUUCAUCAAAGCACUUGGUCUACGUGCCGCUUGUGUAUAUGGCGGCGCUCCCAUCUCGGAGCAGAUCGCCGAGAUGAAAAAGACGGCCGACAUCGUCGUUGCGACCCCUGGCCGACUGAUCGACCUCUUGACGGCCAACUCGGGUCGAGUCACCAACCUGCGACGCGUCACCUACCUCGUUCUCGACGAAGCAGAUCGCAUGUUUGACAUGGGAUUCGAGCCUCAGGUCAUGAAGAUUGUCAACAACAUCCGGCCGGAUCGCCAGACGGUGCUGUUCUCCGCCACGUUUCCGAAGCAGAUGGAGUCGCUGGCGCGCAAGGUGCUCAAGAACAAGCCACUCGAGAUCACCGUCGGCGGUCGAAGCGUGGUGGCUGCCGAGAUCGAGCAAAUUGUCGAAGUACGACCUGAGAACACCAAGUUCCACCGUCUGCUCGAGAUCCUCGGAGAGCUGUACAAUCGGGAGAAGGAUGCUCGCACGCUCAUCUUUGUCGAUCGACAAGAGGCGGCCGAUGAUUUGCUGAAGGACCUCAUUCGAAAAGGCUACGUCACCAUGUCGCUGCAUGGUGGCAAGGAUCAAGUCGACCGCGACGAGACCAUCUCGGACUUCAAGGCGGGCAACGUGCCCAUCGUGACGGCGACUUCGGUGGCAGCGCGAGGCCUUGAUGUCAAGCAGCUCAAACUGGUCAUCAACUACGACGUGCCGAAUCACAUGGAGGACUACGUGCAUCGUGCUGGACGCACCGGACGCGCAGGUCAGAAGGGCACGUGCAUCACCUUUAUCACGCCCGAGCAGGAUCGAUACGCGCGCGACAUCAUUGCUGCAUUGAAAGCCAGUUCUGCCAACAUCCCAAUCGAGCUCGAGGCGAUGGCAGCUGCCUUCAAGGAAAAGCUGGCGGCAGGCAAAGCGAAAGCAGCCGGAUCUGGCUUUGGCGGUAAAGGCCUGGAUCGGCUCGAGACGGAUCGUGAAAAGGUGCUCAAGGCGCAAAAGUCGUCGUAUGGCGAAGCGGAUGAGGAUGGUAAGGCGGCGAAUGCUGGCGAUACGAGCGUGGCGAACGCCAAGACGGGAGGCUCUGGCGGCGGAUCGAGCUCUGAGGAUCAGCUGAGCAAGUUGCAGGGCAUGAAGAUCGAGAUCAUGCAUGGCGCCGCUCCCGAGUCGGUGCGAGACAACAAGACUAUUUCUGCGAGCGACGACGCUUCCGGUACAGCCGUCAACUCCAAGGUGGAGCAAGAGAAAGAAGCGAAAGAAGCGGCACAGGUCAAGGCGCAGGAAGCGGCCCUCGAAGCUGCCAAGGCCCACGGAGCGGACACCACCAAGCUGGCUAUUGUGCUCGAAAACAUCCGCAAGCAGGCCAAUGCACGCAAGCAAGCCGCCAAGAGCUCGGAUGCCGACAAGCUGAAGGAGCGCAAGGCUCGCGAUCCGGAUGCCACCGACUAUCAUGCCAUCGUUCCGAUCAACGACUUCCCUCAGCGCGCGCGAUGGAGGGUGACCAACAAGGAAACGAUGAGCCAUCUGAUCGAAUCGACAGGAGCAUCCAUCACCAACAAGGGCGUGUUCUACAAGGAGGGCACCGAGCCGCAGCCCGGCGAGCCACCGAAGCUGCAGCUGCUGAUCGAGUCGAACAACAAGUCGAUGGUGGAAGAUGCAGUGCGAGAGAUCCAGCGGCUGCUCGUGGAGGCGACGCAAGCCGUGUUGGAGGCGGAGGCGAGGAGUUCGGGGACGUCGGGCAGGUACACGGUGGUGUGA